GUCAAUUUUACCAUUGCCGAGUUUGCUGUCCGUGAGUGAAAAUAUUAUGGAUUGCAGAAAAAUUGUUCAAAUUUAGAUAUUUUUCCUUAAAAAAACAAAUGUUUAGUGCGUUUUUAAUCUUCACAAUGUUGUUCUGUGUAGUAAGAAAAGGGAUAUGAAUUCGAAUCAGCAAAAUAGCAUAUAAUGCCAAGUAAUUGUACGUAAAAAAUGGGGUCUUAUUUUCUCUGAAUACAUCGGUUUUUAAAAACAAGGAAUCAGUCAAAAUGGAUGACAAAUCAGCAGUAUAAUAUAUAUUAUUCUGCUUAUUAAAUAUUUCAUUGAAGUUAAUUCGUUUAAUAUCAAAUAUCAGUUCUAGUGACGAUUAGUUUUACUUUUGAGACACGAUUAACGGUAUUCCACUGUAAAUGGUGAAGGGGGAAAUUAUUCCAUAAGCCGAACUGAAGUUUCAUAUAGCGAGUGACCAGUUUACAGUAAAAGUGUGUUCUUUUAAGAAAAGAUCAAUGUGAAUAGAAAAAUAAUUCAACAACUAAGUGCAAGAAAAUUUACAGACAUUCCAAGAAAAUCCAAAGUUAAUCCAGCAUUAUUUCAAUCGUUUGAUAUUUGCGUGCACGAAAAUGGCAUACCAUAAACCGGCUGAUAUAGACGGAUUCAUCACACAGAUGGCCAAAGCGGACAUGCGAGUUAAAGCACAACUUGCGGAGGAUUUGGUAUUGUAUCUAAAUGACUCCGAAAACUCAAUAGAAUGCGUGGAUCUUGGGCUUCUCAUAGAUGGAUUGAUCCCGUGGAUGAUUGGAAGCCACUUCAAGAUUGCUCAACGAGCAUUGGAAGCAUUCACAGAACUGAUCGUGCGUCUAGGUCAAGAUUUUAACGCGUAUACCUCUACAAUCCUGCCACAUGUUGUGGAUCGCUUAGGAGAUAGCCGUGACACAGUUCGAGAGAAGGCACAGCUGCUGCUUCACAAGUUAAUGGAAUGCCGUGUAAUUGCACCCCAAUCAAUGCUAGAUAAGUUAACUGUUUGCUUCAAGCAUAAAAAUGCUAAAGUGAGAGAAGAGUUUUUGCAAACAAUAGUAAAUGCUCUGAAUGAGUAUGGUACGCAAUCACUGUCGGUAAAAACAUACAUUCAGCCCAUUGUAUUACUUCUCGGAGAUCCUGCUCCAACCGUAAGAGAUGCUGCAGUGCAAACAUUGGUUGAAAUUUACAAGCACGUUGGAGAUAAACUAAGAACUGAUCUUAGGAAAAGAGAUGUUCCCGUUACUAAAUUCGCAAUUCUUGAACAAAAGUUUGACGAAACAAAGAAUGAUGGAUUACUUUUACCUUCUGCAAUUAAUUCAGCCAUUGUAAAUGAUGAUGUGGAUACGGCUGUUGUUGCAAGACCAACAAGAUUGGUUAAAAGAACCCCAUCGGCGGCCACACCACGAAAACCGCUAUUCGAAACGCAAGGGUCCGGUGAUCUGUUGGCUGCUGGUGCGGUAUCGUGGGAAAUAUUUGAAAACUCAUUUGAAAACGUUCCGCAAUUAACUAUCUUUUCACAGAGAGAUAUGGAUGAGCAUAUGAAAUCCAUAAAUACUGUCGUAGGUGACAAAAGCAUGGAUUGGGAGAAGCGAGUAGAUGCGCUGAAAAAAAUACGGUCGCUUAUUAUGAUUAAUGUUCAAAAUUCGCCCACAUUCGCUCAGCAGCUUAAAGAUUUGUCCAUUGCAUUCCUAGACAUACUGAAAGAACUGAGAUCACAGGUUAUUCGUGAAGCUUGCAUAACUUUGGCUUACAUGAGCAAAGUAUUAAAAAAUCGAUUGGAUCAAUUUGUGAUAUACAUCCUGCAAGAAUUAAUUAAUUUAAUUCAAAACUCCGCGAAAGUCAUAUCGUCGGCUGGGAUAAUUGCUCUAAAAUAUGUGAUCAAGCAUACCCAUGCUUCAAAAAUAGUGCCAAUAAUUACCCAGAAUCUCAUGCAAUCGAAGUCCAAGGAUAUACGUAGUACGCUGUGCGAAAUAAUGAUCCUGCUGUUUGACGAAUGGCCGACGAAGGCAUUGGAAAAAAAUAGUUUGAUCUUAAGAGAUGCUCUACGUAAAGGAUUAUCAGAUGCCGAUGGUGAGGCGAGAAGACAUAGUCGUUGUGCGUUUUGGAGCUUUCGACGGCAUUUUCAGGAUCUGGCAGACAGCCUUUAUUCAUCGUUAGACUCUGCAACGCAACGUAUGAUGGAAAAAGAUCGCGACAAUUUGGGAACAAAUGGUACCAAUUCUAUGAGUGUUAGUUUGCGCGGCAGCAAUAGUAGUUUGAACUCUGUCCCUGGUGGUGUGAUAAAACGUAGACAAUCAUCAGGGUUGAGAAGUCCAGCUUCUACACAACCACCAGGAAAUUCAACGAGUGUUAGCACUGAAAAUCUGUCAUGUGGUCAUCCAAGUUCUACACGAUUGCAGAGAACUCCUUCAUUACCUCGCACGUAUUCGCGUAAUCGUAGUGGGAUACCAGUGGCAAAUAGAGAAAAUUCUACAUAUGCAAAAGCCGGAUUACGCAGUGUCUCCGCUGUUGAUACAGCUGCCGCGCAGCGGGCUCGCGCAAGAGCACAGUAUUCUAAUAUGGCACGCAUGAAAAUUUCUUCAGGAUCAGCAUCAUUACAGGGACAAUACGCUCAACAAGCGCGGGCGAAAAAGUUACCACUUUUAGCUAAUACUCCACAACAACCUCCAACACCGGAACGAAAAAUGCGUUCUAGAUCCGGCGUGUCCCAGUCCCAACCAACAUCUAGAAGUACAUCUCCAUCGAGUAAACUGCGCGACAACUUUAGCAUUGCAUCAAUUUACAAGCAGACUGGCACUAUUCCGAAAAAAAAUUCAGGAAUUCCGCGAUCUCUGGCGAACUCACGAGAGACGAGUCCAACAAGGGGAACGCAAUUUGGAUCACUACGCCGUAACGUGUAUGGAACAAACAGUCCCAGGAGAUUAGACAGGCCACCAGUGAAUCCAGGACGACCCGUUCUAGCCCAGAAAAUACUUCAACAGAGUAGAGAAGCUGAAAACGCUUUAGCAGAUGCACUUUCACCAGAUGAUCAUGAUUUAUCCACGGAUUUUUCUCGUUUGGCACUGCAUCGCAAAAUAUCACGCGAUGAAUCGGAUGAAAGUGAAGCCUCAUCUGUUUGCUCGGAAAGGAGUUUUGACUCUUAUAGAAGGGGGAAUGAUUCUUAUUCAUGGAACGGUUCUCGGUCACGUUUAGACAGUUCGCGAACAAUUGAGGACAUCGACGAUAUUAUACAGCUAUGUGCAUCCACCCAUUGGUCCGAGCGAAAAGAUGCUCUUAUAAAUCUCACACAAUAUCUGAGCGAUGGAAAAAUGUUAACGUCAGAGCAGCUACAACGCGUCUUAGAUUUGUUCAGAAAAAUGUUUAUGGAUCCGCACAUCAAAGUGUAUGCUCUAUUUUUGGACACCGUGAAUGAAUUGAUAUUAUCACAUUCGAAUGAUUUACACGACUGGCUAUUUAUUUUACUCACGCGGUUAUUUCAGAAGCUUGGUGGAGACCUUUUAGGGUCUAUGCAUAUAAAGAUAUGGAAAACCCUUCAGCUGAUUUACGAAUACUUCCCAGCUGAUCUGCAAAUGCAAUGCGUAUUCAGAAUCCUCAUUGAUGCUGCACAAACACCUAAUGUAAAAACACGGCAAGCUACAUUAAAAUUUCUUACGACACUGGCUACAACAUAUUGUACUGCCGCGCAGUUUGUGACGCAUAGUCAAACGCAACAACUAGUCGAUAGAGCAAUACUGAAGAUUGUGCAGACAUCUUUAGAUCAAAAAAGUCUCGAAUUGAAAUCACAGGCGCGGUCUUGCAUCGUAGCGUUAUAUAACUGCAAUCCUUCACAGAUGACAAUGACCUUAGCAAAUCUCCCUAAACAAUAUCAGGAUACAGCAAAAGCAAUCAUACAGCACCACAUGAGACGAAGUACCUCAGGAACUGAUAGUCCGUCAUCGCCGCUUUCGUCAUCAAGUCCAAAACCCCUGCUGAGUCCGCAACAAGGUCUAUAUAGUUUACAAAACGUCUGCAAUUCCAGAUCGCGUCAAACGUCAAUCGAUGUAACGGAUUCUAUGAAUUCAGAGGAAGUUUAUAAGAAUCUUCGCAAGACAACAGCUGAAAUACAAAAUUAUAGUUUUGAAGCAAAACUAGAUAGAGACGCCAACAGUAAAGAUUCAGGAAUAAGUCAAAUGGGAGAAGUACAAAUCCAAAACACCGAGAACUAUUUAUUAGGAUCUAAUGGUUUUAAUGGCCACAUUGGGAUUGAAAAGGACGAUUCAUGUAAUGGAUCUAAGACACAAUCUGCAACCACAACUGAAUCAAACACACCUGAGAACACCGUUCGUCUAGAUAGCAUUGACAUACAUUCGAAACCAAUGCUGCAUUCACAGCGUCAUCAUCAAUAUUCUUUAACAGAUACAGGAGAACUACUUGUGGAUGGCGGCGUUAAAGAAAAUGAUAUCAUAAAAGCAGCAAUUGUUCUGUCCCAUGAAACCAAUCCAGAAACAAUAGUACAAGUUUUAGAAAAUUUGCAAACUUGUAUCAAGCAUGGGAACUGUGAAUUGCCAAUAAAAAAUUUUAAAGCUGUCAUGAAAAUGUUACUAAAUUUGAUGGAGUCACAAAAUUUCACAGUAUUGAUUGUAGCUUUGCACACACUGGGACGAAUAGUUCGUAGUGCUGAGAUGAAGACGUGUUGGAGUAAUUUCUUGGAAUUAAUUUUAUUAAAAAUAAUUGACUGUUAUAAAAUCAGUAAAGAGGUAUCAAGAGAAAUCGACAUCAUUAUAGUAAAAAUAGCAAAUGUUUUACCGUUAGACAUUUCUGUAAAUAUUCUCAACCCAGUUAUUGCAACUGGUGACUUUCCUGCAAACCUUUGCGCUUUAAAAGUUCUCAAAGAGUUGGCGCACAAACAGGGCAAAGAUUUAACAGAUAAUCAUCUAGACAGCAUAAUGCCAAACAUAGCUAGGUUAGCUGAUGAUAGUCAAUCCAUGGUUCGAAAAGCUGCAGUAUUUUGCAUGGUUGAGCUGUACAUUGUGAUGGGCGAGGAGAAGGUAAAACCAAAAUUCGCGCUUCUCAACGCUAGUAAGAUAAGGUUGCUUAACGUUUACAUAGCGAAAUCAAUGAGCAGUAAUAAGGGAUUGAGCUCAUGAUCAAAACAGGCCAUGUGAUUACUGUUCAAAGGACGCAAAAUCGCAAAAAUUCUAUGUAAAUUUGGUAGAAAUGUUUCAGUUAUACAUGAAUAAUAUUUAUUUAACAUCUACCAUGUCGUUUGUAAUUUUGCUCUAUUUGAGGAAAAUACCAUUGUAUAACUCUUCCAACUUCUAAUAAUCUAAAAAAGUGUCAUUGUUAGCGCUAACAGUUUACAAGUGAUAACAAAAUAAAUUUUUCUAGCUUGAAUGUAAAUAUUUUAA